GCUAACUUCCUCAGCCUUCAGCUAGCUCGACGACGAAGGGGAACAAUCAGUUGAUGUUGUUUGUGGCACUUUGCCGUGUUUAAUAUGUCCUCAGAUAAGCUCCCAUGUAAAUAUUUGAGCAACGAUCUUUCUUUUUGUAUGGAUUAGCCAUCUUAUCCAUCUUGCCCACAUGAGUAUGGGCAAAUGGCAUCCCCUCAGCAACCUGCGGAGCUACCUGGAACAUCAUCCCCCUGCAGUGAUCUUCUUCCUGUGUAUGCUCGUGCUGUCCUUAACCUUCAUUGGGAUUGGCUUCUACACUCAGACGCACAGAGUGAGGAACCCAGAUUUGACUCCGGACUGGAACGAAUUUCUGGAGUCCAUAGCAAGUCUGCACUACUGUCAGUCUGUGAAUGGAAGCGUGGACGGAGAACUCGCCCCUGUGCCCAAGGGGAAGGGCAGUGGGGACCCAGUCGACGUUGAGCAGCGGCUGGUGAUGGUGCCUUUGAUGUUCCAAGGGAGCGCAGGAGGAGAAACUCCUAGUAUCCUCAGUACAAGACUUUUGGGGAAACAAGUGGGUCUCAAAGGAGCUGCUGAAAGAGAAGUACUCAACAUCAGCCUUAUCCUCUAUCCUCAUUCACAAACCACUGAUCCCAAACAGGACGGUCCAGGACCAUUUACAUGCCUUCAGCUGAGAGCGCCAGCCGCCAUGCUGCCCAAAUCCCCGAGCCCACCGGAUUGUCCAGUGCAACAGGGUGUAGCCAUCGAUCAUUUUAACACAAAGGUGUUUCCGACGGACAUGGAGAGCAAGAAUGUCCCGUCUGCAUUCCGCUGCCUCAAACUGGCGUUUUCUCCUGAUGAACGGUUAACUGCCUUUCUGUCAGAGGAGGACAAAAUCUUGGUUGGGCAACAUUUGUUGUUUGUCAGUGCUGCUCUGUUGGUCAUCUGUGGAGUGCUCUGCAUUGGUGCAAGUCUGCCCUGCAGCCGAUCAAGGCGCUACCAUGGAAACGAUCUUGGUGUCCAUAAGGAUAUGUAAUAUGGGUUUUAAUUCCCAGGAGCCACUACUGGAGUCCUGACUCCUGUCCUCAGUUUGGACACAGCAUCCAAGACGGAGCUUAUUCCUAAAAAAAGACAGAGAGAGAGAACGGAGAAUAUGGAAGAGGAUGAAACGUGAGCGCAAUAUUCCAUCUAGCAAAAGUCCAAAUGUCUAUUUACCAUUCCAUGGCGUUUUGCCAGCAUGAUGGACGGUGCACGAAUUGGGAAUGAGGGGAAGGAACUGGAAAGCUGCUUUUGGACCAAAUACGGCGAAUUGUGGUGGUCCAGCAAUGAGGUCGUUUGGGUGUUCUGGUCUAUUUCUUGUUUUGAGGAAGAGAAAUCCUGUGUCACUAAUAUCUUCACUCAUCAUACAGAUGUCAGUAAAAAAAAAAGGACUUUACCUGUGAAAUAAGCCUCACCUGACGACAAAAAUAGGAAAAGCAUCUAAUAUACACGCAAAUGUACGUGUUUAACAAUGUAACGGUACGUCCAUAAUUACUGUUAUCAUGAUGCUGUUUAAUACGUGGUAUGUGGUGUUAUGUGUUUUUGUUAAUCUUUUUUUUUUUUUUUUAUUCUAAUGUUUUGGACACAAAUGCUUUUAAAACUAAUUUAAAAUGUUAUUUUAUUCAGAGUCUCAGAAUUGAUUUGUAACACAGCGCCAUACGGUUAAUGUGAUGGUUAGUUUGAUUAAUUGUUAAAUGGACCACUUCUGCUAUCAAGUGAUCUUAUUCAGGUCACAAACCCCAUUGAGUUACAGAGUCUCCACGGCUUUAAACAGUGUGGGGGCUCUGCUGGAACUGCCAAAGCAGGGAUGAUGACCCUACAGUGUUGUAGCUUAUCCUGGUCGUGUUCUUUUGUCUUAUCUGGUCUCAUGAGAACUUUGUGAUGCUGAUUGAGUCUCCUGACCUGGGGGCGGGUGGGGUAGAUAAGGCCUCAGGUUCCUAGACAGGAACAUGUGGGGAAACAAUCCAUUCAACUAAGAAUUGUCUGACUUUUGUGUGUAACUUAAUUGUUUUUUGUUUGUUUGUUUGUUUUUUUUUGUUUUUUGUUCUUUUUUUUUUUACUUUACUUUAAGCUAAUUCAUGUGGAUUUGAGAGAUGAAUGAGUGGUUGUUUUCCACCAUCUUGGAGCACUUUGUGUCAUGAACGCCACAUGCGAGGCAUAUGGUGCUGCAUUUGUUUUUGUCCCUUCAUGGUGGUAAAAUCAUAAUAAACACUGGGUUUGAGGA